GGAGGAGGCGGAGGAGGCGGAGGCGGGCGGCGGGGCCCACGCCCCUCCCAGGCGGCGAGUCUCCGGCUGCAGGCGGAUGGAUGGGGCGUCUUCAGGCGGUGGCGGCACUAGCGCGGGCGGCAGCGGGCGCGGCGGCAGCGGCUAUGGUGUGGUGGCUCGAUUCUCCCAGUGCCUGGCUGAGUUUCGGACGUGGUUAAGAACCAACUGGUUGAGGUUCAGUGCAGACAAGACGGAUGUGAUGCUGAAAAUGUGCAUCAGAUGUUUAUGUUUAAUUGGUUUACAGACUGUCUGUGGACUCUUUUCCUGUCAAUUUACCAGCCAUCUGUUGAAUCUUCAAGUCCAGAAAUGGAUGAAAUGUUUGACUGCCCGUGAAAGUACAGGAGGUUCAGCAGCAUCAGAUGACCAUGAAUUUGAUCCAUCAGCUGACAUGCUGGUUCAUGAUUUUGAUGAUGAACGAACAUUAGAAGAGGAAGAAAUGAUGGAAGGAGAAACAAACUUCAGUUCUGAAAUAGAGGAUCUUGCAAGGGAAGGCGACAUGCCAAUUCAUGAACUUCUCAGCCUUUAUGGUUAUGAUAGCACCGUUCGACUACCAGAAGAAGAUGAGGAAGAGGAGGAAGAGGAGGAGGAAGGUGAAGAUGAUGAAGAUGCUGAUAAUGAUGACAACAGUGGCUGCAGUGGGGAAAAUAAAGAAGAGAACAUAAAGGAUUCAUCAGGUCAGGAGGAUGAAACUCAGUCUUCCAAUGAUGACCCGUCACAAUCUGUUGCUUCUCAGGACACCCAGGAAACCAUCCGCCCACGCCGAUGUAAAUAUUUUGAUACAAAUAGUGAAAUAGAAGAAGAAUCUGAAGAAGAUGAAGAUUAUAUUCCAUCAGAAGACUGGAAAAAGGAGAUUAUGGUGGGCUCCAUGUUUCAAGCAGAGAUUCCAGUUGGAAUGUGUAGAUACAAAGAAAAUGAAAAAGUGUCACCAGCAUUCAUGUCUACCCAUUCAGUGUAUGACAAUGAUGACCAGCUCCUGUGGGACCCUGAGUACUUACCAGAAGACAAAGUGAUCGUGUUUCUUAAGGAUGCAUCCAGAAGAACAGGUGACGAGAAAGGUGUAGAAGCAAUUCCUGAAGGGUCUCACAUAAAAGACAACGAACAGGCUUUAUAUGAAUUGGUUAAGUGCAGUUUUGAUACAGAAGAAGCAUUGAGAAGGUUACGAUUUAAUGUAAAAGCAGCUAGAGAGGAAUUGUCUGUUUGGACAGAGGAAGAGUGUAGAAAUUUUGAACAAGGGCUGAAGGCCUAUGGAAAAGAUUUUCAUUUGAUUCAGGCUAAUAAAGUCCGAACAAGAUCAGUUGGGGAAUGUGUAGCAUUCUAUUAUAUGUGGAAAAAAUCUGAACGCUAUGAUUUCUUUGCUCAGCAAACGCGAUUUGGAAAAAAGAAAUACAACCUUCAUCCUGGUGUAACGGACUACAUGGACCGCCUUCUGGACGAGAGUGAGAGCACCGCUUCCAGCCGUGCUCCGUCCCCACCCCCAGCCGCCUCCAGCAGCAGCAACGGCCAGUCUGAGAGGGAGGACAGCGCCACGGGCACCCAGAACGGGAUGCCAUCUAAUGGACCAGGUGAAAUGGCAAACAAAGAAGAAGGAAAAGGUGAAGGGUUGCAUGUUAAUGGGCCAACAGGUGGACAUAAGAGACCACUUCACACAGAGAUGGACACCAAUGGCUAUGACGCAGAUAACCUUACCACUGACCCAAAACUUGCUCAUAUGACUGCAAGAAAUGAAAAUGAUUUUGAUGAAAAAAGUGAGAGACCUGCCAAAAAGCGAAGGGUAAACAGCAAUGGAAAGGAAAGUCCAGGUUCUUCUGAAUUCUUCCAAGAAGCAAUGUCACAUGGAAAAUUUGAAGAACUUGAAAACACAGAUGACUAAAAUUUAGACCUAUUUUACUUUCUUGGAGUAAUUCUGGUGUGACUAAAAUUUUCAGGGUUGAUGGGUUACCUUAAGUUGAUUUCCUUGAAGCUGUUGGUUUAAACAUGAAAAUAUGAUUUGGUAGCAGUAAGAAAUAAGAUUUUAUAAUUCUGCCUUUUACAGGUUCUUUUACUUCAAAACUGGCAAAGACCCUUUUACGGAUAUAAAAAAGUUCAGUAAAUUUGAAUGAGCUAAACAUAAAUCCAUACCUUCUCAUCCUGAUACAUUGUUGUAAAAUUUCACUACAAGGUAAUUUUUCCUUUGUUUGAUACGGAGGAAUGAAAAAAAAGUUCAAAUUUCUGUUUUACACUAGUUUUUCUUGAGUUUCUUGAAAUGUCUUUGUAACGGGCAUUUUUUGCUCUAAAUUGAGUGUCAUUAUUAAGGAAACCCUUAUGAAUCCUGAAAGUUAUGCUAGCAUGAUUUUUUUAUAUAUAGAAGUUUAAAAAUAAACCAAGUCAGGUUUGUAUAUGUAAAAUUGUUGACAUCAAUGAUGUCUUUCCAUAUUCUUAUCUGGGCUUAAGAAAUACAUUCUGUAUUUUUCCAGAUUCUUUGUAGCCUUUGAAAGAUUUUUACAAGUACAUAUGUCUUGACUGAGCUGUCCUUUCUUAAUACAAAAAAGCUUGUAUAAUUUUCUUAACUUGUACAGUUGGUUAACUUUUAUGAGAGGAUUGAUAUUCUGAGUCUGUCAGCUUUCAUUUUAUUUUGCUAAGGUUUUUCUAAUGAAUUUUUAAGUGUUUGUGUAGUUAACUAAGUCAUGUUUCUUAUCCAGGUGGUAAAAGCAUUCAUAAAGGAUUGUGAAAAAAAUUUUUAAAUUUCUACCUAAGGACAAAUAGUUUGAAAAUUCUGAAAUUAAGCAUGAUCCUUAGAUUGUACUGUUUUGGAUUUACUAUAAUUUUCAAAAUUAUUUUUGAAGCAGAACUGAAGGUUUAAUGUCAGCAUAAGUGCUUCAGUGUGUCAUGCUGACAAGAAUCUUGUUCGAUUAUUUUUGUAUGUAUCAUAAAACUUCCCAUUUUUACAUCAGACAACAGAGGCAAAGGUCAAGUGAUACUUAGAUACCGGCACAUGCAGGUAGUCACUCUUGGCAGGCAGCGUAUUGAUUCUAGGAGGAGAAAGUGACAGAGUUUGAAGUUUGCAAACUGCCAAUUACAGUCCAGUUCAGGUUGAUGAUGUUUUUCCAAAAUGAAAAUAAACAGAAAACCACUGCUUUGUAUGAUUACAGAUAUCAUUAUUCAUCUGCAUAGACUUGUAAAAGUGCCAUUUUUAGUGUAAAAUUCUUGUUAAAAAACAUAAUUUUAUGCAGCUGAUACCCCAGCCUAUAUCCAAACUUGUGAAAGAUGAUUGUUUUGUCAAACAUACUCCCAGAUGCUUCUACCAACUCAAAUUUAGCCAUCAGUUCAAGAGCCAGUGCCCCAUGCCUGCCUGGCAAGCGCAAAGUCCUGAGUUUGAUUCCCGGUACCAAGGGAAAAAAAAGAGCCCAUGCCUUCUAAAGCAGUCUUGUGUGUAAUGGCUCAGUGUCUACAGUGGCUGAGUCGAGGUUUGCACUGAAGCGUGAGGUUCAGGCUUGGCCCCACCAAGGAUUAGCACUUGCUCUGACUGCUUCCCGUCCCAGUGGGCAGCCUUGUCCCCAGACAGUGUCAGUAGCUGCUGGACUCCUGUGAUAUGUGUGCACUGUUCCCUAAAUGUCCAAGGAAUCAAGGUUUGGGGUGAGGUAUUGAAAAGCAUGAAUUUUUUUGUUUGUUUUACUUUAAUUUAUCCAGAAUAGUAGUAGCUUUAGCAUAUGUUCACAAUCCAUAUUCUAAAUUAGGGUUUAUUAAAUGAAUCCAAAGCAUCCUAGCUUUUUUGUCAAAGAUGGUCUACAGAAGUGUUUUAAAAGAAUGGUGAUAGAGCUGGGGAUUUAGCUCAGUGGUUUCACUGCCUACUGCGCAAGCACAAGGACCCGAGUGCAAUCCCAGGUACCAAAAAAAAAAAAGAAUGGUGAUGCUAUACUUGUUAAAUUGUUGUAAUAUGACAAAUACCGUUUCACCUUUUUUAAAAGAUGCAUUUUCUUUGCUGGUUUGUGAAGGUUUUUUUGGUACCAGGGAUCGAACUCGGGUCCUUGCACUUGCAGGGCAGGCAGCAGAACCACUGAGCUAAAUCCCUGGCCCCGGUUUGUGAAGUUCUUGCAAACCAUUGAUACAGGAAUGUUUUAAGUAAAUUCUCAGGCGUGUUUGCAAAUAAUGGCACAUGUAUAAAUGUUAGGAAAUUUUACUUUUCUUAAUCUUUUUAAAGUACGCAUAAUGAAAGACAUCCCACUAUUAUAAUAUGUAAUGCUCAGCUUUCCGUAAAUAUUUAAUUGUACUUUGUUUUUAUGCAGGUAUUUCACACUUUGUUCUUCAUAAUGCAGCCACUAUAACUUGAUAAGUCAUUGCACUAUUUAAAAAUCUAGGUAAUAUCAUGAAUUGAAUUUGCUUAAGACUUAGUACGUUUCAUAACUCUUGGCACACCACAUUGGGAGCAGCAGCCUUGCUCAGUAGUCACUUGGUCCCCACCUCUCCCCGCCCAGCGGACCACUUGCGUUUUCAUCUGGAACGGGGGUUCUGUUUUCUGAUGUUUUCACAUAGGUUUCAUCAUCUGCAACUCAGUUCAACACAGAUCUGUUGAGCUUUAAAAUGUAUUUGAAGUACUAUUUAAGUAGGCAUUUAAAAGUAUGAAUUAGAUGUUUUUAAAUUUAUGCAUAGUAAUUUUGCACUGUAAAAUAUUUUCCUUCUCCCAUUCCCUUCUGCCACUCUGAAUAUGCUUAUUAAAAUAUUUUUGUAAACAU